AUGUCAAUCCGUCCAAGAAAAUCAGACGGUCAGAUGGUUCUGGCAUCUGACAACUACAUUGGCGAGAGAUGGCUAAGCAAAUAUGAUGAGACAGAAUAUGAUUAUUUGGCUAGACUCGUAGAAUCUUUUCAACAAGAAUCUGGAGAUAUGUCCGGUCCGACAAGGAGCUGCUUGAAAGAGGAGAUUGAGGAGAUAUCUUUGGUUUCUGUGGCCAAGGUUUGA